CGCCCCUCGGUGGAAGGCCGGGUCAGCGGCUUUUGCGGGGCCGCUCCUCAUGGGAUGGCUGCCCUGAUUGUAAACAAGCCUGGAGCGGGCCUAGACAGUGCUCGUCAGGGCAGCCGAGGGACGGCUGUGGUGAAGGUACUGGAGUGUGGAGUUUGUGAAGAUGUCUUUUCUUUGCAAGGAGACAAAGUUCCUCGCCUUUUGCUUUGUGGCCACACAGUCUGUCAUGAUUGUCUCACCCGUCUGCCUCUUCACGGAAGAGCAAUCCGGUGCCCUUUUGAUCGACAAGUAACAGACCUAGGAGAUUCAGGUGUCUGGGGAUUGAAAAAAAAUUUUGCUUUAUUGGAGCUUUUGGAGCGACUGCAGAAUGGACAUAUUGGUCAGUGUGGAGCUGCAGAAGAAGCCAUUGGGCUAUCCGGAGAGAGCAUCAUUCGUUGUGAUGAAGAUGAAGCUCAUGUUGCAUCUGUAUAUUGCACUGUAUGUGCAACUCACUUGUGCUCAGACUGUUCCCAAGUUACUCAUUCUACAAAGACAUUAGCAAAGCACAGGCGAGUGCCUCUAGCUGAUAAACCUCAUGAGAAAACCAUGUGCUCUCAGCAUCAGGUGCAUGCCAUUGAGUUUGUUUGCUUGGAAGAAGGCUGUCAAACUAGCCCACUUAUGUGCUGUGUCUGCAAAGAAUAUGGAAAACACCAAGGUCACAAGCAUUCAGUAUUGGAACCAGAAGCUAACCAGAUUCGAGCAUCAAUUUUAGAUAUGGCUCACUGCAUACGGACCUUCACUGAGGAAAUUUCAGAUUAUUCCAGAAAAUUAGUUGGAAUCGUUCAGCACAUUGAAGGAGGAGAACAAAUAGUGGAAGAUGGAAUUGGAAUGGCCCACACAGAACAUGUACCAGGUACUGCGGAAAAUGCCCGGUCAUGUGUCCGAGCUUAUUUUUCUGAUCUACAUGAAACUCUGUGUCGUCAAGAAGAAAUGGCUUUAAGUGUUGUUGAUGCUCAUGUUCGAGAAAAACUGAUUUGGCUCAGGCAGCAACAAGAAGAUAUGACUAUUUUGUUGUCCCAGGUUUCAACAGCCUGUCUCCAUUGUGAAAAGACUUUGCAACAGGAUGAUUGUAGAGUUGUCUUGGCAAAACAAGAAAUUACAAGGUUACUAGAAACAUUGCAAAAACAGCAGCAGCAGUUUACAGAGGGUGCAGAUCACAUUCAAUUGGAUGCCAGCAUCCCUGUCACUUUUACCAAGGACAAUAGAGUUCACAUUGGACCAAAAAUGGAAAUUCGAGUUGUUACGUUAGGAUUAGACGGUGCUGGAAAAACUACUAUUUUGUUUAAGUUAAAACAGGAUGAGUUCAUGCAGCCUAUUCCAACAAUUGGUUUUAAUGUGGAAACUGUAGAAUAUAAAAAUCUAAAGUUCACUAUUUGGGAUGUAGGUGGAAAACACAAAUUAAGACCAUUGUGGAAACAUUAUUACCUCAAUACCCAAGCUGUUGUAUUUGUUGUUGAUAGCAGUCAUAGAGACAGAGUUAGUGAAGCACACAGUGAACUUGCAAAGUUGUUAACAGAAAAAGAACUCCGAGAUGCUUUGCUCCUGAUUUUUGCUAACAAACAGGACGUUGCUGGAGCUCUGUCAGUAGAAGAAAUCACCGAACUUCUCAGUCUCCAUAAACUGUGCUGUGGCCGUAGCUGGUAUAUUCAGGGCUGUGAUGCUCGAAGUGGUAUGGGACUGUAUGAAGGGUUGGACUGGCUCUCACGGCAACUCGUGGCUGCUGGAGUAUUGGAUGUUGCUUGAUUUUAAAUGUAGCACUUGUUUAAAGUUUUGUGGUUAAAAGUUAUUUUGCACAUAAUAUGUUGUAAGAAAUUCUACAUCUCAAAGAGUUUAAUUUAGGAUGUGUAUAUAAAAGGAAAUCUUGGAUUGGUAAUUCAGUACAAUAUUGCUUUUAAAAGAAUUAUUCUGCAGCAAAAUUUAAGUAUCUGAUCGAGCAGAUUAAAUUGGAUUAAUAGAGAUAGGGAUUUCUUGAGUAUAAAUUUUUUUUUAAAUGUACAUUUGUUAUUUAAGUUUUUCAGAUUAUAUGUGACCCAUAUAUUGGGAAAGAAGUAGUCACAGAGAAAGGGUAUGUGAAAGUUUAUUCUUUCAAUGAAAAAAGAAUAGCCAACUGAAUGCCUAAUGGAACCUCUGUGUGAAGCAAGUGAAGCAUAGCUUCUUCAACUUGCCUUUCCACUGAAUUGUGGCAGUAUUUAGCAGCAAAAGCAGCAGUGACUUAAUGAAAUAGAAUCCAAACUGCAUCUUUGCGUAAUAGGAUUACUUUACUUUUAUGUUCAGUAUAACAGAACACCUUUAAUGCUAAGAACUAUAAACUACAGAAAAUUAAUAUUUUAUAGUGUUUUAUUAAAACUUUCUCCUAAAGCAUUUUGUAUAAAACCCAGGGAGUCAGAAUGAAAUGUUGUCUAACUAGGCCUGAUUGUCAGAUUAGUACUAAACUGAAGAACAAUUAAUAAUAAAACUGUGAAAGUCAGUUAUGUUCUAGUUGAUCUUCACCUAUUGAAAGACCCAUUUGCGGGGCUGAACCUGGAUGUAUUAUUUCUUAGGUCAGGGCUCUAAAUUGGUCCUUCUAUUUUUCAACAUAUUUAAAGUACUUAAAAGUGUUUUUUUAAAAAAUAAUAUCGCAUCCUUAGUGGGAAUGACCAUAGGUAAAAUGUAGUAAGUUACACAUAGACAGGAUUGGCUU